AUGAGUGACGCAUCAGAAAUCCUAAAAUCAGUCCACAUAGGUUUAGAUGUCGCCAUAUUUCUUCUCAACACUGAUCGUGGCUCACAAGCGAUCAAGCUAUGCGAGGAAUGUGCAAUUCUAAUUCAAAACCUUGAUUCUGGUAUUCACCUCGAUACCUCCGAUGCACUAUUCAAUGCGCACUACGCCAUCACGGCUUGUAUCAAAUGUGCAGAAAGAAAUGCCAAGAAGCUUCUUUGCAAGUUCCACCUCGCUGGAAGACUAACCAUGCAACUGGGUGACAAAUAUAAAGCACAGACACGGUUUGUAGAAGCAAAGCAGCUCUUCAAAAGCGUACUUACCAUCAGGCAAAUGAUAUGCUGCAUGCGUAUAGAACUAGUGGCUCACGGUAGACUUGGACAUGUAUGUUUGAGCCUCGGUGAAAUACAGAAUGCAAAGAAAUACUACCAGAAAGCACUUGCCAUCGCGAUAGAAAUUGGCGACAGAGAAGAAGAAAGUACUACAUACAGGAACCUGGGAGUUGCGUUUUUUUCUCUUGGCGAAUAUCAGACGGCUAAAAAAUAUGCGGAGAAAGCGCUUGCCAUCGCGAUAGAAAUUGGCGACAGAGAAGGAGAAAAAAGUGCAUACAGGGACCUCGGAUGUGUGUUUCAUUCCCUUGGCAAAUAUCAGAAGGCGAAAGAAUACCUAGAGAAAGCACUUGCCAUCGCGAUAGAAACCGGUGACAGAGAAGAAGAAGGAGGUGCAUACAGGAACCUGGGAGCUGUGUUUUCUUCUCUUGGAGAAUAUCAGAAGGCUAUAGUUUAUCAGAAGAAAGCACUUGCCAUCGCGAUAGAAAUUGGCCACAGAGAAGAAGAAGGUGUCGGAUACUGUGGAAUUGGAAUUGAUUAUGCCCGCCUUAGAAAAUCUUGGCAAGCUAAACAAUGUUUAGACAAAGCAGUCGGCGUCAGUAUAGCAAUUGGUAGCAGAGAAUUAGAAGCUCGGGCUACUGCUGCUUUGGCAGGUGUUUGUAAUGAUGUGAAUGACUUUCAGAAAGCAAAAGAACAUUGUGAGAAGGCGCUUACUAUCAGCAGAGAAUGUGGCUAUAGAGAUUUGGAAGCAGCCACUUACAUCACCCUUGGAAAUACAUACCAUUUCCUCGGUAAAUGUGGCGAGGCAGAAGAUUGUUUGGAGAAAGCUUGUAUUAUAAGCAGCCAAAUUGGAAACAAAAUGAUGGAGUUUGAAAGCCUUCUCAGUAUCAUACAGUUCAAGUUAACGCAUUCAGAGGUUGCGAAGGCAAAGCAUUAUCUCAUUCAUUGCAUUGAAAAAUACGAGCAAAUCAGAGCUUUUCUGAAAGGAAACAGUGAAUUUAAAAUGUCUUUGUUGGAGGUACACGGUACUUCUCCCUACCAGUUGCUCUCUCGCUUGCUUUGCGAGACUGAAAAACUUCAAGAUGCUCUCUAUGUAGAGGAACUGGGACGAGCAAGAGUCCUCGCAGAAUUAAUGGCAGACAAGUACUCCGUGCAAAGCCACAUCUCAGCUAAUCCACACUCAUGGGUCGGGAUUGAAAACAUCGUGAAAAGAGAAAGUAACUCGGAUUUUUUGAAAGAAGAAUUCAAAGGGGAUAACAAAGAGGCAAAGAAAGGAACAGAGUAA